AUGUACACUCGCGUGAGCGAAUGCACCGUGAACGUGGCACCACAGGUCGUAGUGGACAGCUCCGCCAGCUGGUUGGAGUCUGAUGCGCUGGACGGCACGCCUGGAUCAUCUAUCAACUCUGGAUCGGCACCCGCUCCCGCUUCAGCUCCGGCGCUCAGUUCCUCCGCUCUAUCUCCAGAUUCCCAAAGCAGCCGGUCGAACAGCAGUUCAAGACAUCGCACACACCAAAUAGUACGAAAUCUCCUCGGCCAAGCCAAGUUGUUUCGUCUCAGAACCGCUGCGAAGAUGUCAGAAGUGCAUUUCCAGUCGCUGUUGUUGAAGCGGUCACGUUCAGAUGAUAGUAGAGUAUCCGGGAAAAUGGAGUCGUUAUCGGGAGAGGAGGAGAACGCUUUGGUGACCGGGAGGAAUGGAGAUGAGAACGGGGAUGAGAACGAGGAUAUCCCUACCUUUCUAAAUUUGCCCGGUGCAGAAAUACAUAAGAAAUUCGUCGAUAUCGAAAUCCUUCAAGCAAUGCGCCUGUCAGGAGCCGAAGGGACAACGGGUGGAGGAGAGCAGAAAUUUGUGGUAGAAGAUAGCCCAGAGAUCCUGCCAAGGAAUCGAUACAUAAAUAUUCAAGUGUGGUCACACUCCCGGAUUCACCUCAAAGUACCUGACGGGGAAUGUGAUUUUAUUAACGCAUCGCCGAUAUCUCUAACCCACCCCAAAACUGGGGCGACUGCUCGCUACAUUGCUGCACAGGGCCCUAAAUCCGGCUACCUGGAGCACUUUUGGAAUAUGGUAUUUCAUGAAACCGGAGACACAGCUGUUGUGGUCAUGCUCACUCAGACCUACGAGCAAGGGAAAGAAAAAUGCGCCUUGUAUUUCCCCCUAAAUAUGGACGCGCCCGUCACCCAAAUUUCUCGCGCGGUCACUGAUCCCUUCGUCGAUCGCAACGGUGAUGGUACCGAUGACAAUAUCGGAAAGGUCACGAUCUUGGAAUGCACCUACGACGAAGAGUGCCGUUCUGAAGUCCGCAAACUCGAACUCAUCCUUGGCUCGCAAUCUAAGAUUGUCUGGCAUUAUCUAUUUGCCGGGUGGUCCGACUACACGAAGCCACAAGGGAAGGACCGCAAUGCACUUAUCAAGUUGACCAAAGCCACUGCGGAAAAGGCCGGUUCUCUAGACAAUCCUCGUGUUGUACAUUGCAGCGCUGGCGUCGGACGGACAGGCACGUUCAUAACCAUCGACCACCUGCUGCGGGAAAUGCGGACGGGAGACCUGUUGAAAGUAACUGGCGACUCAGAUCCGAUUUUCAAUACGGUGAAUCUGCUCCGCGAGCAACGGAUGUGCAUGGUCUACACCGAAUCGCAGUACCAGUUUCUCUACGACAUUCUCAAGGAACAGGUUCUCCUUUUCCUUAGCCGAGAUGUGAACGCUAGGAAAUUGAAGUCGCCUGGAUCCCGCUCGCAGAAGUUGGCGAAACUCUCUAGCGAUACGGAUACGCCCUUUGAACCCACGCAGAAGGAGGAACUUGUUCCUGUUGUUGACAUCAUUCCUAGCCCAGUCAAAAGCUAG